AUGGUAGCCCGGGCGUUGGUGCAGCACGCGCGCAUACACCCGAUGAUAGAUUAUCCCGAGGAUCAGUUUGGAAUAAUUAAUACGGUGGGUAGCAACCACUCGGAGAAGAAAAGCAAGAGGGAAAUGCAACAGCCAAUGAUGGUGCUCGACAGUGACGUAACGGACAGUUCGAUCGAUGAGAUCUCACUCAAUGAAGCCAUUUCAAACAGCAGUGGUCGUCGUUCGUUGGUUAAGGAUUUAACAAGGCGUCGUGAUUACAAAAAUGAUAGUGCAACUGAAUCUAGCGAUGAUGAGGACAGCGUCGUGUAUGAUGGAACGGAUGAGGAUAGUGAGAAUCGUUGUGAGCAGCUAGACCAGCAAGUUGGCGGCGAUAGAAAGGAAGCUCCCGAGUCCGAUAGUGGUACCGAGCGUAAGAAGCCUACAAUAUCCAACGUAGCUCCCGCCAUCCCCAACAGUGUUCGUCGAUCGUCCCGUAUCACGUCCCCGAAUAAGCGUUACUCAAAGGACUUCCUGACGGAAAGCGUAAAUGCGAAACGGAACGGUAUGCACGCCACUAAUUCGACCAGUACGGAUGAGGAAAGCAUAAGCGAGGACGGAAAUCAUGAGGAUAGUUUGGAAAUGUUGAACAAUAAGGUGGCCUCUACGACGCUGUUCGAGGCACAGAGGGAUGUAGCCGGGGCCGGUAUUUAUGGUUUCCAAACGCCCAAGAAACGGGGCUCAAUGAGUGCCCUUGCGCUGGCUAGCAGUGAGACACGUACGCCACGAUCGCCCCGUUGCUCGGUAACCUUGUUCGGCAAUGUUCCCACUACACCGCUGCACGUGCGAAGAAGGAACAAGAAAGAGUUAUCGAAGGCACUGCAAGCAUCUAUGCGGGAAGAUUUCUCUGCUAGUGAGAGCGACUACAACCCGUCCGAUGAGGACGAUGAAGAUGACUCCGUAUCUGAUGAGGCAGAGGAGGAUGAGAUUGCGACUCCUUCAUCUGAGGACGAAACUGCCCCUGAACGACCACAAAAAGGACGCAAGUCUGCGGUUGGGAGUAAUAUCGCACCACUCACUCCAACGGUUCCUGUUCCGGCUGUGCUGCAGUCGCAAUCAGCUGCCACCGGUCGAUCAACCCGCUCCACCCGAGGUGCAUCGAGCAAAGCCACAUCCGACUUGCAGUACAUCGUGGAAAGCGACAACUACUUCACGACCUUUUCCGGUGCUAAAUCUGUCACGUCUGACCAUACGCUCGAUCGCCUGAGUACGCCACGGCUUCCGCAGGAUGUUUUGCUCCGACUGCUGCAGGAAACGAAUGCGUCCUCGCGGCAUACGUCCGCCAUACAGGACAUGCUGGCGGAGUAUGAGCAGCAGUUUGUCCGCUGGUUGUUCCUGCUGAACGAAGGGUUCAGUGUGUUGCUGUACGGGGUCGGUUCGAAGCGGUCGCUGUUGCAAACAUUCCACCUCAAGCUGCUAGCGAACCGACCGGUGCUGGUAGUGAACGGGUUCUUCCCAGCGCUAACUGUCAAGGAUGUGUUGGAUGCGGUGGCAAACGAUUUGCUCGAUCUGCAGCUACAAACAUCCGUCCAUCACGAAGCGAUCGAUGAGAUCGAGUACGAACUAUCGUUACAGCCAGAUCUGCACGUGUUUCUUCUGGUGCACAAUCUCGACGGUAUUGCAAUGCGCGGUGAUCGCAUGCAGACGACCAUGUGCCGGUUGGCAAGCAUCCCGAACGUCCACCUGGUCGCGACAAUCGAUCACAUCAAUGCGCCACUGCUGUGGGACGCAUACAAGCUGAGCCUGUACAACUUUUGCUGGUGGGACGUCACCACCAUGCUGCCGUACAGCGUCGAAACGGCGUUCGAGAACUCGCUGCUGGUGCAGAGCGGUGGCGCGCUGACCCUGUCCUCGAUGAAUAGCGUGUUCGCGUCGCUCACCACUAAUGCGCGCGGCAUCUUCAUGGUGAUCGUGAAGUAUCAGCUUGCGAACAGUGGUCCCGCAAACCCCCAAUACGCCGGUAUGCAGUUUAAGGAUCUGUACUGGGCCUGCCGUGAGGCGUUCCUCGUCAGCAGCGACAUUGCGUUGCGUGCCCAGCUGACGGAGUUCACCGAUCACAAGUUGCUGCGAAUCAAGCGCUCGCUGGACGGUUCAGAAUAUCUCAAUAUACCAAUCGAGCAUGGGCUGCUGAAGCGAUUCGUCGAUGAAACUGCCAAGAGUUCGUAG